UUGAUAAUGAGCUAUCUUCCCCACAAAACCCACCCACGAGAUAGCUUAUUCAUGUUGAUCAGAGCUUAUUAGCCAAAGGUCAAAAUGUUCAUUAUUGGAUCCAAAAAUCUUUAUGGUGUUUCUUCGCCUUUGAAAAAGCAAUUGUUUUUUUUUAAGUGACAUCGCCAGCGUGAAAUUUCCCGUUCAAUAAUGUCCACAACAUUAAUCGUUGCAACUCAGGCAGCUCCCGUGGCAUUGGGAGCUGUUGCCACUGCUGCUAAAGCAAACGCCACUAACCCGAACGCUGUCAAAAUUGACUUUGUCCAAGGCAAGAAUGUUGAUGCUGCAGGAUCUAAGACUGCCACCAGCGUUUUGAAGUCUGGAAACGAGGAGUAUAUCAGCACCAAAGAUAUCGUUCAUGCAUUGGCCAAAUUUGAUCCCACCCUUACCUCCUCCGCUGCUGUGGACGAAUGGUUGGCUUUUGUCGAUGAACAAUUGCAAUCUACCGACUUUAAGGCUUUGGAUGGUGCAUACAAGAAAAUCAACAAGCAUCUUACCUUGAGAUCAUACAUUGCUGGUUAUGAGCCAACUGCUGCAGAUUUUGCUGUUUGGGGUACCAUGAAGGGCUCCCCCAUUUUCGGUAAAAUUUACAAGUCCAAGAAGGAGUCACUUGGUGACUACCUCACCCGUUGGUUUGAUCAUGUUUCGGAACUUCCCGCUGCUAAAUUGGCUGUGGAUUUGCUGACAAAGGCUCAAGACACCAAGGCUAAGGCUUCCGACCAAGGAAAGUUGGAGAUCGGCUUGGAUGAUGCUCAUAUGGGUAGCGUUGUCACUCGUUUCCCUCCCGAGCCAAGUGGUUAUCUGCAUAUUGGACACGCAAAGGCUGCUUUGUUGAACCAGUACUUUGCCCAGCAAUACAAGGGUAAAUUGAUCAUUCGGUUUGAUGACACCAACCCUUCCAAGGAGAAGGUCGAGUUUGAGGAAUCCAUUAAGGAGGAUUUGGCACUCAUUGGCAUCAAGGGAGAUGUCGUUACACACACCUCUGACUACUUUGACAAAAUUUACGACUUGGCUCUUCAAAUCAUCAACUCUGGAGAUGCAUAUGUCGAUGAUACCGACCAAGCUACUAUGCGUGACCAACGUAUGAAUGGUAUCGCAUCCAAGAGUCGCGAUCUGCCAAUCGAGGAGAAUUUGCGCCGCUUCGAGGAGAUGAAGAAUGCCACCGAGUUUGGUAUGACCUGCUGUUUGAGAGCUAAGAUCAGUGUCGACAACCCUAAUAAGGCUAUGCGCGAUCCUGUCAUCUACCGUGUCAACGUCACACCUCACCACUACACUGGCGAUAAAUACAAGGUUUAUCCCACUUAUGAUUUUGCAUGCCCCAUCGUAGACAGUAUCGAAGGCGUCACCCAUGCUCUUAGAACCAACGAAUACCGUGAUCGUAACCCUCAAUACUACUGGAUGUUGGAUGCCUUGAAGUUGCGCAAACCUGUCAUCUGGGACUUUAGCAGAAUUAACUUCGUUUAUACUCUUCUUUCCAAGCGAAAGCUUCAAUGGUUCGUCGAUCAAGGCUUGGUCACUGGAUGGGAUGAUCCCCGUUUCCCUACUGUCCGAGGUAUUCGCCGUCGUGGUAUGACCAUCGAGGCACUCAAGCAAUAUAUCAUCAUGCAAGGUGCUUCCCAAAACAUUUUGACUCUUGAAUGGGACAAGCUUUGGUCCUUGAACAAGAAGGUCAUUGACCCCAUCGCUCCUCGUCAUACUGCUAUUGCUAAGGAGAAUGCUGUCAAAUGCAAGGUCAAUGGAGCUCCUAGCCAGGCUGUUGUAGAAGAUAGACCAAAGCAUAAGAAGAACCCUGAACUUGGCAGCAAGAAAACCACUCUAUCCGAUCACAUCAUCUUGGAACAAGAGGACGCUGCCAGCUUCGAGCUCAAUGAGGAGAUCACUUUGAUGGACUGGGGUAAUGCUUUUGUCCGUGAUAUCAAGAAGGACGAGUCCGGUAAGGUAACCGCUGUUGAACUGGACCUUCAUCUGGAAGGAGACUUCAAAAAGACUAAGAAGAAGGUCACUUGGUUAUCUUACGGAGAUGAACUCGUCGAUGUUAUCCUUCUCGAUUAUGACUACUUGCUCACCAAGAAGAAGUUGGAAGAGGGUGAUGAAAUUACCGAUUUCAUCACACCUGUCACUGAGUUCAAGGAUGCUGCAUAUGCCGAUGCCAACGUUAAGGAUUUGAAGCACGGUGAUAUCAUGCAAUUUGAGCGAAAGGGAUACUACUGUGUUGAUGCCGUUGCAACCGACAGCUCACCUGCUAAGUUCAUCCACGUUCCAGAUGGUAAAGCUACCUCUAUGGCUUCCAAAGCUGAAGAUAACAAGGGCGCACCUGCCAAGACUCUUGACGCACCUUCCAGCUUCCCCAAAAAGGCUUUGAAGGCCGCUUCUGAUGCAGUCGCCAAAGUGCUUGGCAGCAACUAGACAAACUGUCAUCCAAAUGUAAAAAGAAGAAAGAAAAAAAAUAGGUUUCAGUAAACCAGGAAGAAAGGCCUGUCUCCUCCAGACAGUGAAAAGAAUAUAAAGUGAUAUGUUUGCAUUUACAAUAAAAAAUUUAGUAUGCUGCUGCUGUUAUCAUAAACACUCUUCCAUCACAAUGGCGUUUGCUGGCACCGGC